AUGCCUAUUCCAUCGCAAGUUGUCAAGUGUUACAAGUACAUCGACUCUCAGCAGAAAAAGUUUAUUGAGGAGUUACAAUCUAUGAACGAAUGUAAGAGUCUAGGGAUCGCAGAAAUGCUACAAAGUUUACGAACUGGUUUUCUGACCAACAUCGACUGCAUGCUGAUGACUGAUGGUCAGUGGACAGGAAACACAUAUGCUUGUAUUUUGUAUGGCUGUCGAGGGGUGUGUUACUUCAAUUUGACCAUUGAGGGUCUGAUCGAAGAUUUGGACAGUGGAGAAUAUGGAGGCAUUGUUCAAGAACCACUGCAGGACUUGAUUUACAUUGUCAAUCAUUUGGUGGACAAGAGUGGAACGCUCGUUAUUCCAGGCCUUGACAAAGACAUGGCGCAAGUCACCCCAGAUGAGGAGAAAAUUUAUUCACAGUUGAAGUUAAACAUUGAUGAGUACAGGAAAGAUUCGGGCAUCAGGAAAUUUUCCCACGAUACCAGUCUUUCGCAAUCGCUAAUGCAUGCUUGGCGAUAUCCCAGUUUCAAUCUGCAUUAUGUCAAUACCGUGCCGCCCUGUGAAUGCCCUGUUAAUUUGAAAAUCCCCAAGACCGCUCAAGCAAGAUUUUCUAUACGGUAUGAAGUUGAGAAUUAA